AUGAAAACUCAGCAACCAUGCCCAGACAAGUACGUCAAGAUCAUCAACGAUCUUCGUGCCGAGCUUGGAAAGGACGUCUCCAGCAUCAAGUUCACCAACACCUUGGGAUCCCGCGUCCAGAAGGCUUUCGGAUCUGCUCAUGAGGUUAUGAUGGCUCCAAGUGCUCCAACCCUCAAGACCAACUUUAAUGGAACCAUCUGCCGUCAAGCUGCCGAUGACGGAAACCACUACGUUGUCUACCCAUCUCCAAGACAGGUAAAUUUAUUAUGA